AUGGAGACGAUGACGCUGGCGCGGGCGACUGCCGAGGCCGCGGCCGACCUGCGGACGAAGGAGGAAGCGCUCCAGGCGCUCGAAGAGCAACUGAUCCGACUGCAGCUCCGUGUCCUCCGGCUCAAACCCCCGCUCGUACAUCUUCAGUGCCAGCUCUCCAGCAGCACGCCCAUGCCAUGAAGAGGACCUGGUGUCACGACGUCUGUGCUACCACGAUCAGAGGAACCGAUGGCAGCGGGCAGUGUCGAGUUGACGACUCAUCGAGUAUACC